UCCAGCAGCUGCUCUGUCACACAAGCAAAAGGGAGUGGAGCUGAACUGUAAAAAGGGCUGCUUACUGCUGCUACAGCGUUUUGUAUCUGCACCUAAAUUUUGUUUUUGAAGCUAAAGAGUGCUGAGGAAGACAAUCUUCCAAAAAUGGCGACGCAGUGUGUGACCAAGGUGGAGCUGACAGUCUCCUGUGAAAACCUCUUGGAUAUGGAUGUGGGCUCCAAAUCUGACCCCUUAUGUGUACUACACAUGAAUACAUCUGGAAACCAGUGGUUUGAGGUUGCUCGCACGGAGAGAGUAAAGAACUGCCUUAAUCCAAAAUUUGCCAAGAAGCUGGUCAUCGAUUAUCACUUUGAAAUAGUACAGAAGCUUAAAUUUGGCCUUUAUGAUAUAGACAAUAAAACAAUUGACCUGGGUGAUGAUGAUUUCCUUGGAGAGAUGGAGUGCUCUUUGGGUCAGAUUGUGUCCAGUGGCAAGCUGACCAGGCCACUAAUAUUGAAGAACAAAAGGCCAGCAGGAAAAAGCACUAUUACAAUCAGUGCAGAAGAAAUCAAGGACAAUAGAGUGGUUAACUUCGAAGCUGAGGCCAGGAAACUCGAUAAUAAGGAUUUCUUCGGAAAGUCAGACCCUUACCUGGAGUUUUAUAGGCAAACAGAGUCAGGAUGGCAGCUUGCCCACAGAACAGAGGUGGUGAAGAACAACCUUAACCCCUGUUGGAGACCUUUUAAAAUACCUCUGCAGUCUCUGUGUGGAGGAGACCUGGAGAAACCCAUUAAGGUAGAAUGCUACGACUAUGACAAUGAUGGGUCACAUGACCUUAUUGGAAUUUUUGAGACAAAUAUGAAACGUCUACAGGAGGCUUCGCGUACUUCACCGGCAGAGUUUGACUGUAUUAACAGUAAGAAGAAACAGAAGAAGAAGAACUAUAAGAACUCUGGUGUUGUGAGUUUUAAGCUCUGCCAGGUGGUGAAGGAAUACACCUUUUUGGAUUACAUCAUGGGUGGUUGCCAGAUAAAUUUUACUGUGGGAGUGGACUUCACAGGGUCAAAUGGUGACCCGAGGUCUCCUGACUCUUUGCACUACAUCAGCCCUAAUGGAGUAAAUGAGUACCUUAGUGCCAUCUGGUCUGUUGGCCUGGUGGUCCAGGAUUAUGACAGUGAUAAAAUGUUCCCAGCAUUUGGUUUUGGGGCUCAGAUUCCACCACAGUGGCAGGUGUCCCAUGAGUUCCCUCUGAACUUCAAUCCAUCAAACCCAUUUUGUUCUGGUGUGGAGGGCAUGGUGGAGGCUUACAGGCAGUGCUUGCCCCAGGUCAAGCUUUAUGGCCCUACAAAUUUUUCUCCUAUCAUCAGACACGUGAGCCGCUUUGCUCAGGAGGCUCUACAGCAGAACUCAGCAUCACAAUACUAUGUCCUGCUCAUCAUCACCGAUGGAGUAAUCACAGACAUGGAUCAAACCCGUGCUGCCAUCGUAGCUGCCUCCAACUUGCCCAUGUCCAUCAUCAUUGUGGGUGUAGGCGGGGCUGACUUCACUGACAUGGAGAUUUUGGAUGGGGAUGAUGGACGUUUAAGAUCUCCAUCGGGAGAGCUCGCCGUGCGAGACAUCGUGCAGUUUGUGCCUUUCCGAAAGUUCCAGAAUUCUCCUAAGGAGGCCCUGGCACAGUCUGUGCUGGCAGAAGUUCCUGGUCAGGUUGUCACUUUCUUCAACAUGUUGAAGCUCAGCCCGCUCAACUCCAGCACUCCUGUAGCUACUGCUUAAUAAACCAGCCUCUGACUGCAUAGUACAGCUUCAGCACCAGACAGUAAGAGACCCCUGAGCUCUGCUUUGUUUCAAAAUGUGUCCCUCCGCAGAAGGCAUGUAAAUUAAUAUACAGGGGCCAGAAAAGGACCAUCUUAGUAACGUGAGUUUACUAAACCAGUAGGAAUAAUGCCAUUUAAAUCCUCGCUAAGUGCAUGUUUACACAUUUUUUCACAUGUAUGUCAUGUAUGUACUCUUUUUAUGUUUUGUUUGUAAUUUGUUUUGUUUUAAUAUGAAUCUAAGCUGGAAUUUUGUUUCUUAUUCAAACAUUUUAUAUAUUUUGGGUAUUAUUUUAAUAGAGUGGAAAUGUUUUAAUGAAUUUAUUUUGUUUCAUUUGAUUACAUCAUUUAGACAUGUUCUGAGUAUUGUAAGGGCUGCCAAAAUAUUUCCAAGUUAAGUUAGUUCUACUUUGAUGUAGAGUCAGUUGCAGUUGAUAGUCAGUUCUGUUAUGUUAUUUAAACCAUUUAAUAAUAUUUGUGCCAUAUUUACAUAUACAAUUAAAUCCAGUUAAACAGCUAUAAAUUGUUAACUGCAUGUUGCACAUACAUGACCUGCAGAAUGCAUAUAGUGCAAGGUAUAGUAUAUGCUAUUUGUGCUUUUCAAAAUGCAUUUGCAUUUUGUUUUGCAAGUAAUUCACUACUCCUGUGCCUGGCUGUUUAAUCACAGCAUCUGUAUCAUUUUUAUGUUGUAAGAAGUAUAGUGAGACAGAAAUGCCUUUUUUACAUAACAUUUACAUAAAAUACAAUGUACAAUAGCUCAUGUGGAAGCAGCUUCAUAGGUAGCGGAAAGUGUGGAUGGAUCUGUUUCAGAAUAGGGUUGGGUGCUAUUCUUGUUAUAAUGAAAUAAUAUUGUAAUAUUUUGAAAUUAUGACUUAUAUGUUGUGUCAGAUUUCUGUACUGUGUCUGUCAAACAAUAAUAAUAACAAUAAUAAUAAUAAUAGUAAUCUUCCCUUUAUAGUUCCCAUGCGUGUAUGAAAUCGUCUGUGUGCCGUCAUGCUGCAUUUAGUUCCAAGUACAUAAUUUAAACUCAGAGAUGUCCGCACUGCACAUUGACACCAUGGACAGCAUUAGUGUUAUACAGUUUAUCAUUAUUUUAUCUGUUUGUUUCUCAUUAAGCCAUACACACAGUACUAUCCAACUUCUGUAAACAUGAUUUCAUAGUGUUCAAAUGUGAAUAAAACUGCAUAAUGCAUUUUUCCCAAAAAGGAUUAACAAAAACAUAAAGAGGAGGACAUAUUUUGGGUAGAUUUGCCAUAAAACACAGUAAAUGAUGGUCAAACUCCAACAUCUUUAGCAAACUGUUUUAAAUGGUGUACACUUAUCUGCAUGUUUGCCUUGUGUAUAACAUUGCCUUACAGAACUCUUAACAUCCAACACCUGAGGUAAAUGGAAUUCAGCAUUACUUUAAAUAGUACUUACUCAAAAUUGUGCUUUCAAAUGAGGUUUUAUCCUCUAAAUGUGUGGAACUUGACCCUUAGGUGGAACACAGACGAUAUUGUGGCAUUUGGCCUUCUAUUAAUUAUUUGCAGCAGCAAUUAAUUCAAGCUAAGCAUAGCUAGCGCCUCCUCAGACAGUACUUUCUAUCAUCAACACAACACAAGUGUGAGUUGCACUUAAGUUACGAUAAUUAGUUUAGCAGUUGUGCAGUGUGGAGCUCACUAGCUUCUAUGUCCUCUAUUGCUAAAUGUAUAUCAUUAUUAGUAGUAAGUCACCUUGGAUAAACACGUCUGCCAUAUGUAAUGUAAUUUGUAACUGAACUUGCUAAAUAAAGGUAAGCAAAGUGGACACCAUAAAAAAACCCUCCAACAAAUGUGUUCUCUGGUGAACAUAAUGCUAGAUAUCAUGUUGGUGAUUGUGUGAGUAAAUAUAGCCUUUUUGUUUCUGAAAUAACAAAGUAUAACAACCACACAUAACUACACUCUGUCCUCGGUAAUACUGUCAUCACUAAGGCUAUGAGAGAUUAUGAAAUUAGUGGAUAGCACCCAACCACAGUUCAGACGUAAGGAAACCUUUGUUUGCUUUGUCAUGUCAUGUUUAAACCUUAAGUACAAUACAGACGUUUAUUUACUUUAUUUUGUUCACGCUUUUCAUAAUUAAAGUGCCAAAUAUAUAUGUUAUAUCUAAAGUGUGUAAUACAUUUGAAAUGUUUUGGUCAUAGUACAAUAUUUUUUUAUAUAAUUUCAGAUUUCUACAUAAUUUGUUAGUAAUUCAUCUCUUGUUUUUAUGCUUUAGAAAAAUCAUUUUUUGUGAAAAAUAUAUUUUUAGAAACUUAUUAGCCAGAUUUGAUUAAUUGUGUAAAUUUUUAAACUUAGUUUCAGUUUUGGAAAAUGGACGUUUGUUAUCGACAGAAAGGAACAUUUGUGCAACAGACAACACUGUAAAACAUGUUCCAUUAAAGCCUAGAUUUCAUCAGUAAACAUUUACUGGUAUAAUCAUCUCAAAUAUCACCUUUUUGAUCACCUGCAUUGAUUUAAUUAUAGUACACACAAAUAAAAAAGUAUCAAGCACCCCA